UCUGCACUUCUGCAGUGUCUUUGCUGCUUCUGUUUUUUCUUCUUCUCCUUCUCAUCUCUCCUUCGUUUCUCCCCUCCUCUUUCCAAAACCCCUCUUCCGUUCCAUUCAACUCUCUAGGGUUAGGGUUUUUCCUCUCUCUCUACCCCCAAUAUCUAUUUUCUCUCUCUAGGGUUUCCUUUCACUUUUCGUUUCCUUCGAGUUAAUUCCCCUAUUUGGAUCUCGAUCUACUUCUUUCUGUUACUGUUAUGGAUAGCCGCAAGCGAGGGAGGUUCGAUGCCGGCGUUAACGGCUCCGCUAAGAAAACCAAACAAGAAAUGGACUCAUUAUCAAGUGGUGUAGGAAGCAAAACGAAGCCUUGUACCAAGUUUUUCAGCAUUGCUGGAUGCCCAUUUGGUGAAGGCUGUCACUUCUUGCAUUUUGUUCCUGGUGGCUAUAAUGCUGUUUCCCAGAUGAUGAGUCUGAAACCUGCUGCACCUCCUAGAAAUGUUGCCGCCCCACCACCAGUCUCCAACAAUGGCUCUGCACCGAAUGCUGUUAAAACCCGCAUAUGUAACAAGUUUAAUUCUGUGGAGGGCUGCAAAUUUGGUGACAAGUGCCAUUUUGCCCAUGGUGAAUGGGAACUUGGCAAACCUUUUGUUCCAUCAAUUGAUGAUCACCGUCCCAUGGCACAUACAACAGUUAAUCGCAUGGCUGGUCGAACUGAGGCUCCUUCUGGUCUGGGCGCUGCUAGCUUUGGUGCCAAUUCCACUGCCAAGAUCAGUGUAGAAGCUUCCUUGGCUGGAGCCAUCAUUGGAAAGGGUGGCGUGAACUCGAAGCUGAUCUGUCGCCAAACAGGAGUCAAAUUUUCAAUUCGUGACCAUGAAUCUGACCCAAAUCUUAGAAACAUUGAACUUGAGGGAACAUUUGAUCAAAUUGCACAGGCAAGUAACAUGGUAAAAGAUUUACUUUUGACUCUAUCAGUCUCUGCCCCACCGAAAUCUGCCUCAGGUGGUGGUCCAGGCGCCCCAGCCCCACCUGGAAGAAACAUCAAGACCAAGCUUUGUGAGAAUUUUGCUAAAGGAUCUUGCACAUUCGGCGAAAGAUGUCACUUUGCUCACGGAGCUGCUGAAUUGCGAAAGCUAGGAAUCUAAAUUUAACCUUGAUCUGGUGUUUAUUUUCUUCUUUCAUUAGCCAGGGUAUUUAUUACUACAUUAUUGAUGUUGUUGUUAUUGUGUAAUGCUACUUAAUGGUACUGACAUGACUUCUGAUGGCCUAGUUUUGUGGCUUAAGUUUAUUUUUGAAGCGACUUGUUGGGGUUGCAAUUUAGUAUUCUGUUAUUUCUUACCA